AUGGAAAACGAUUCAUCGCUACUCACGGGAAAAGGGAACGUUUCUAUCACAGAAUAUAAUAGUGUGGAUGCGGCUCUCGCCGGGCAGCUGACAGCGAUGAUACUUGUUGACUUGAUGUCAAUUAUCGGAAACGUGUCGGUCAUGGCUGUGAUAUACCGAUCGCCUCAACUCCGAUCGCUCCCACAUCUAUUUGUACUGAAUCUGUGUAUCGUGGAUCUGAUCGCAGCGCUAAUUAUUUUGCCUGUCUCGAUAAUAACAGCAGGAAUGCAAGAGUGGAUAUUCGGCGAAGAUUUCUGCCAUGCCAACGGCUUUCUCAACGCGUUUUGCACUUUCGCAUCUAUAUCAUCACUGAGUGCUAUAAGCGUCGAUAGGUACUACUCAAUAGUCAAACCGAUGGAGUAUGCAGCCAAAGCAACUUUGGCCAAGGUACUGUUUGUAAUUGCUUACAUCUGGGUACAGAGCGCAGCUUUCUCGAUGGCACCUCUCAUUGGAUGGAACGAGUACGAAUUUAAUCCACACCGAUCUCAUUGCUCUUUCACCUGGACACAACCAGGGGAGAAUACACCACCCUUCUGCGUGCCAGAUUGGUAUACGUUUGGCCCGGUGAUCGAUGGCACAGUCGGGCCUUCGCAUAUCGGUAAUGUAUCUUGUAGCGACCAUGACUCGGACAAUGUAUAUUAUUCCGUAAUAUCCGGAGACACGGAAGGAGCAUUCAACGUUUCUGAAUUUGGAUCAAUUGAACUUAAGGCUGGAUAUGUGAUCGAUUUUGAAGCAUCUACAAGUUACGAGCUUUUGUUGGAAGUAACAGACUUGAUAAACUCAACCACAGUCACCGUAUAUAUCACAGUAACCAGUCGAAAUGAAUAUGCUCCCGUAUUCAAUAACACAAUUCCGUAUUCAGCGGAAAUCUACGAAAAUGCAUCCGUUGGCGGCGUUUUUCUCACAGUAUCGGCCUCAGAUGGUGAUCACCCGGACACGGGGGACGGGCGAAUUAGAUAUGCAGUCACAGGCGGCGAUCCUGAUGGCCAAUUUCGAGUAGGUUUGUAUUCGGGAGGAAUAUCUCCUCGACUCGCACUCGAUCGUGAAACGACGUCUUCCUAUACUAUAGAGAUAACUGCCACCGACGAGGGCGCUAUACCGCGUUUAUUCGACGUUACAAACGUGUCGAUUACCGUACUAGAUGUGAACGACAACACGCCGUAUUGUGAUCAUGACGUCAUAACAGUCUCAGUAGAUGAAAAUUUACCAAUCCUGACAAAUGUGACGUCGCUUCGCUGUGAUGAUGAUGACGACGGGCCAAACUCCGAUCUGGUAUAUAGCAUACUCAAAGGCAAUACAGUCAAGUUCCGUAUCGACAUAUAUGGUGUCGUGCUUAUUAACAGCUUGAUUGACUAUGAAACCGACGCGCAUGCCUGGUCAUUGACGAUAAAUGUGGCGGACCAAGGCGACAUACCGUUAUCAACAACCGUGGAUAUUACAGUCAUUCUGAAUCCAGUUAAUGAGUGGCCAGUUGUCUUCCCAGGCCCCACAUACGGGAACUUUACAUUUUCUGUAUACGAAGAUGCCAACCCCGGGUUCUGCAUCGGGGAUGUACAUGCUGUGGAUAAUGACAUAGACGCCGCUCACACAAUACAGUACACUUGGUUAUCGGGAAACGAAGACGAUUUGUUCUUAAUAGGCCACGACGGAAUGCUGUAUGUCAUAAAACAACUCGAUCGGGAGGCAAUGCCUGCAGAAAUUCAACUGAGGUUCCAGGCUCAUGACAAUUCCCUAUACCCACCAGUUAUCGGUAAUAUUAUGAUAGAAAUAAUAGAUGUCAAUGACAACGCUCCAUUUUUUAAUCAGACUGCCAUAUUUGUCAACUUGAAGGAAAAUGUGACAGUGGAAGUUGAAGUUGCGAUAUUAAUCGCAACUGACCUUGACGUAACGUCACCAAACUCUGACGUAAAUUACAAUAUCACAGACGGGAACGAGGACAAAACUUUCCACAUAGACGCCGCGAGUGGCAAUCUCACCAGCGUUCGUUCGUCAGAUUACGAAACUAUGAAAUCACGCAUUUUGCGCGUGAUAGCUGAAGACAUGGGUGUUCCACCACUGACGUCAUCAAUUACCGUGUAUGUGGAUAUCAUACCUGUGAACGAGUUCCCACCAGUUAUCACUAGUGGUUACGCUUAUGACGUGUCCAGAGAUGCAAAUAUAGGGCACAUUUUAGGCAAAGUACUCUCAAAAGACGAAGACUCUGGGAGAGAUGGCGAAGUCAGAUUUCAUAUCCAAUCAGCGAUUACUUUGCCCAUUAUUGUUGAUCACGUGACCGGAGAACUAAUCUUAAUAUCAACUUUAGAUCGAGAAAUAAAUACCUCAUUUGAGUUCGUCGUUAUAGUUACGGAUAACCCAGAAAACCCAAAUGAUAUCUUGUCAGCGACCCAAACCAUUGUGGUGAACAUCAACGACGCCAAUCAACAUGCCCCUGAAUUUAAUCAUAGUACCAUGGUUGUACAUGUAAAAGAAAAUAUCACAAUAGGAGAACACGUCAUAACUUUGGAAGCAACUGAUCUUGACAUGACGUCACCGAAUAACAACAUUCAUUAUAACAUUACAGCUGGGAACGAGGAUGGUGUUUUUAUCAUUGAUGGUACGACUGGUGAUGUGACUGUCGCGAUGAGUUUGAAUAGCAUGGGGUACAUAUUACCUGUUAUUGCUUUGGAUGGUGGCAUUCCUUCACUGACGUCAUCAAUUACCAUAUAUGUAGAUAUCAUACCUGUGAACCAGUUUAAACCAGUUAUCACCAGUGACGUUCAUUAUAACGUGUCCAGAGACGCAAAUAUUGGGCACAUUUUAGGUCAAGUAUUCUCUAAAGACGAAGACAAUGGGAGAGAUGGUGAAGCCAGGUUCCGUAUCGUUUCGGAAAGAUCUCUGCCGAUUAUCAUUGAUCACGUGACAGGAGAACUGAUUUUAAUAUCUGAAUUAGACCGAGAAAUGAAUGCAUCAUUUGAGUUCGUCGUCAUAGUAACAGACAACCCAGAAAACCCAAAUGACAUCUUAUCAGCGACGCAAACCAUUGUGGUGAAUAUCAACGACGCCAAUCAACAUGCACCACAUUUUCCAUCGAGUACAAUGAUUGUACACGUAAAAGAAAAUAUCACAGUAGGGGAAAACCUCAUAACAUUAAAAGCAACUGAUCUCGACAUGACGUCACCGAACAAAGACAUUUACUAUAACAUCACAGCUGGGAACGAGGAUGGCCGAUUUAUCAUUGAUGACACGAGCGGAGAUGUGACUGUUGCGACGACUUUAGAUUCCACAAAGUCGUAUAUAUUACGUGUUAGUGCUGUAGAUGGAGGCAUUCCUUCACUGACGUCAUCGAUUACCAUAUAUGUAGAUAUCAUAUCUGUGAAUCAGUUUAAACCAGUGAUCACCAGUGGUUUUAUUUAUAACGUGUCUAGAGAUGCAGAUAUUGGAUAUAUUUUAGGAAAGGUACUGUCAACCGAUGAAGAUGAUGGUAGAGAUGGUGAAGUUGGAUUUAAUAUAGAUCCAGAGAGAGCUUUACCAUUUGUUAUUGAUCACGUGACCGGGGAAAUAAUGUUGAUAUCGAAAUUAGAACGCGAAGCGAAUGCAUCAUUUGAGUUCGUCGUUAUAGUGACAGAUAACCCAGAUGAUUCAAAUGAUAUUUUGUCAGCGACGCAAACCAUUGUAGUGAAUAUCAAUGACGUCAAUCAACAUACACCAUAUUUUUCAUCAAGUACCAUGGUUGUGCAUGUAAAAGAAAAUAUCACAAUAGGAGAACACGUCAUAACAUUGGAAGCAACUGAUCUUGACAUGACGUCACCCAAUAAUGACAUUCAUUAUAACAUUACAGCUGGGAACGAGGAUGGCCGAUUUAUCAUUGAUGACACGAGCGGAGAUGUGACUGUUGCGGCAACUUUAGAUGCAACAAAGUCGUACGCAUUACGUAUUAAUGCUGUAGAUGGAGGCAUUCCUCCACUGACGUCAUCGAUUACCAUAUAUGUAGAUAUUAAACCUGUGAACCAGUUUAAACCAGUGAUCACCAGUGGUUUUAUUUAUAACGUGUCUAGAGAUGCACCAGUAGGGCAAACUGUUGGUAAGAUUCUCUCACAAGACGGGGAUGAUGGAAGAUAUGGCGAAGUCAGGUUCAGUAUAUAUUCAGAGAAAACUCUGCCGAUUGUUAUUGAUCACGUGACCGGAGAACUUAUCUUAGUAUCAACUUUAGACCGAGAAGUGGACAUGUUAUUUGAGUUUGUCGUGACAGUGACAGAUAACCCAGACGAUCCAAAUGAUAUCUUGUCAUCGACACAAACUAUUGUGGUGUACAUCAACGACGCCAAUCAACAUGCGCCUGAAUUGCCAUAUAGUACAAUUGUUGUACAUGUAUAUGAGAAUGCCACAGUAGGCGAACACAUCGUAUCACUAAAUGCAACUGACCUUGACAUUACGUCAUCGAACAAUGACAUUUACUUUACCAUCACGGACGGUGACGAAUAUGGCCAGUUUACUGUUGAUCCCGCGUCUGGGGUACUGAGUGUCGCGGGAUUUCUAGAUUGUGAGACAAUGACGCCAAUGACGUCAUACAUAUUAACUGUAGGUGUUGAAGACGGUGGUACACCUUCACUGACGUCAUUCGUUACCAUAUAUGUGGAUAUCAUACCUAUGAACGAGUUUCCGCCAGUUAUUACCAGUGGUGUUCAUUAUAACGUGUCUAGAGAUGCAGAUAUAGGAUAUAUACUAGGCACCGUUUUUUCAAACGACCAAGACUUUGGCAGGGAUGGCGUCGUAAGAUUCAGCAUCAAAUCAGAGGAAACUUCACCUAUCGUGGUUGAUCACGCGACGGGAGAGCUUAUUCUGAUAUCCACGUUAGACCAAUAUUUGAAUGAAUCACUUGAGUUAAUCGUCACUGUAACAGAUAAUCCGGAAAACCCAACGAAUAUGUUGUCAGCAACACAAACGAUUGUGGUGACAAUUAAAGAUAUCAAUCAGUAUGCACCUGAAUUUGAAACUAGUACAGUUAUUGUGCACGUGCAAGAAAACAUCACUGCAGGAGAGCCUAUCAUAACACUUAUUGCAACAGACUAUGACGUGACGUCACCAAACAAUGACAUUCGUUAUAAGAUCACAGCCGGAGAAGGCAGCGAUAGAUUUAAUAUAAACGCAGCGACAGGUGAAAUCACCCUCAUAGGAUCAUUGGAUUACGAGCUCCCAUCGUUCAUGACGCCAUAUACAAUACUCGUAACUGCCGAAGACGGUGGCACACCUUCACUGACGUCAUCUAUCGGUGUAUACGUGAAAGUUAUCCAUGUGAAUGAGUUCACACCAGUUAUUACCAGCGGUUCGUCUUAUAAUGUAUCAGAACACGCACUUAUAGGUCAUGUAUUCGGCAAAGUCCUGUCGACGGACCAAGACGCUGGAAGGGAUGGUGAAGUCAACUUUAAUAUUCAAUCGGAACACGCUCUACCCAUCGCCAUUGAUUACGCAUCGGGGAACCUCUUUUUAAUAUCUACGCUAGACCGAGAAAUUAAUUCAUCUUAUGAGUUUGUGAUUAUUGUAGCAGAUAAUGCAGAGAACCCAGGGGAUGUGUUGUCAACGUCACACACAAUAACGGUCAGCAUACUGGACGUCAACGACAAUGUCCCCGUGUUUGACCAGCUAUACCCUCUGUCUGUAUCCUUAAAUGAGUUGACGACCCCGGAUGAAAUACCUUUCCAUGUUUUCUCGGCUAGUGACCCGGAUGAGGGCGUGAAUUCCCUACUAACGUAUGCAAUAGAGUCUGGAAAUGAAAAUGGUGUGUUUAGUAUAAACACCGUGACUGGUGAACUAACUCUGGUUGGAGUGUUAGAUUACGAAACAACUCCAAAAUACGAGCUAUGGAUUAUAGUGCACGACAACGGAAACCCGUCACUGACGUCAUCGACCACAAUUCACGUAAAUGUAGCUCCGGCGAAUGAACACGCGCCAGUUCUUACUAGCCCAAGCACGUACUGGUUAUCGGAAGACGCCGUCAUAGGUACAAUUUUCGGUCAGCUACUUGCAACUGAUGAAGAUGUCGGAGAGGAUGGUAAUAUCAAAUUCAGCAUUGAGUCUGACGACAACUUACCCAUAUCAGUCAAUCAGGUGACUGGUGAACUGUUUUUGACUGGGAUACUGGACAGAGAAGGCAAUGCAUCAUAUGAAGUCGUUGCAGUGGCAACAGAUACACCUCAGGAUUCUUCGAAGGCACUGUCAGGUUCACAAAUACUCCGAGUCAAUAUUGAUGACGUCAAUGACAACCAUCCAUUAUUUGACGAGGCCUCGUUUGUAGCAUCGUUGAGUGAGACAACUACGACCGGAUUGCCAGUUUUGAAUCUGCUGGCCACCGACCCAGAUGAUGGAAGCAAUGCCGAACUGUUGUUCGCUAUAACAGCUGGAAAUGAUGACAGUGUGUUUGAAAUUGACCGUAUAUCGGGAGAGAUAUCUUUGAUACUAGCUAUGGACUAUGAAUCUGUUAAGUCCUACACAUUAAACGUGACUAUUUCCGAUCAAGGGACUCCUGCUCUGACGUCAUCGUCCAAAGUAUCAAUUGAAGUCACGCCUGAAAAUGAAUUUGCCCCGAUCAUCACCAGUGAUGUGUUUUAUGAGAUACGAGAGGAUGCAGCUAUAGGUCACUUUAUCGGCCACGUUCUGGCAGUCGACGACGACCAUGGUCAGGACGGGCACUUCCUUUUCAACAUUGAAUCUGCAACAGUAACUGCCCCAAUAGCCAUAGAUCACAAGACAGGCGAGCUCUUCUUAGUGUCUAAGCUGGACCGAGAAACAACUUCCUCGUACGAGUUGAUUGUCGUGGUAACCGAUACUCCGAGAAAUCCCGAAGAUGCCCGAUCGACCUCCGUUACAAUAACCAUUACUGUUAAUGAUGCUAAUGAUAAUACACCUAAGUUUGACGUGGUUGCCAUCGUUGUAUCAUUACCGGAAAUGACGUUGCCUGGUUUAGUUUUGACAACGUUGAUGGCAUCUGACCCGGAUGAAGGAAAGAACGCAGAAAUGACCUUCAAUAUAACAGCUGGGAACGAGGAUGGUGUAUUUGACCUGGACAGUACAACAGGCCACCUUACCUUACAAGGCCAAGUAAACUACGAAUCGAACAUCAAAUCUUAUAUUUUGAGUGUGGACGUCACUGAUCAGGGCAUUCCAUCUUUGAAGUCAGUUGGUGUAGUUUACGUCGAAGUUGUCCCACAAAAUGAACAUGCACCGGUUAUCGUCAGUAGAUCUCAUUAUAACAUUCCUGAAGAUGCACCAAAAGGUUCGGUUAUAUGCCAAAUUGUCGCCACUGAUGACGAUGACGGAAUGGAUGGUGACGUCAGGUUCAUUAUACAGUCUCCGUCAUAUAUACCGUUCUCAAUUGAUCACGUGACCGGGGAAGUAUUCUUAGUGUCUGAUAUUGACAGGGAAACGCUUGAUUAUUAUGAAUUUGUCGUCAUGGUAACUGACCGUUCGGGUAAUCCUGUCGAUAUUUUGUCCGUUUCCCAAACGAUUACAGUGGCAGUGGACGAUGUAAACGACAAUCAGCCUCGUUUUGAUUUGACCAAAAUGAGAGUAUCAGUGAGUGAAAAUGCCUUUAUUGGAGAAAAUCUGGAAAUAUUUUCCAUCUACGCUUCAGAUCAAGACAUAGGUAGUAAUGCAGAGUUUACAUUCCAUAUAACAGGUGGGAAUGAUGAGGCGAUUUUUGGAAUGAAUACAACCACCGGAGACGUAAGUCUCGUGAGAGCACUGGAUUAUGAAACAACGAAGUUACACUUGCUGGAAUUAACAGUGCGAGAUUCUGGUCUCCUGUCGUCCACUGCUACGUUGCAGGUGUUGGUGGGCCAUGAAAACGAACACGCUCCAACGAUUACUGGGGCCAUGCCUUACUUAGAUGUCAGUAUGCCAGAAGACACAGAGCCUGGAAAUGUUGUUUUGACUGUCGAAGGCGACGAUCAAGACGAUUCAAUUGAUGGAAAAUUUGUAUUCAGUCUUGAUCCAGGGACACCUUUUAUAAUUGAUCGGUUAUCUGGGGAAGUUAUUUUGGUGAAAGAACUCGACAGAGAAGCUAUCACCUCGCAUGAACUAAAAAUUACCAUUACUGACCUGUCAACAAGUAAUGUACUAUCUUCGUCCGCGACCUCGACUAUAACAGUAGUUGACGUAAAUGACAAUCCACCGAACUGCACAGUCGAUAUAUCGAUGCAGCCCGUGUACGAGAAUUUAAACGUAGGUGGCGUAGUUGCGAAACUGUCCUGCAAUGAUGGAGAUACCGGUGUCGGUGGUAUUGAGUAUAAACUCGUGGCUGGUGAAGGCAGCAAUCACUUCAGUAUUGACCCACAAUCGGGUGCAAUCAAAGUGGCAGUCGCUUUAGAUUAUGAAGUGGAGACUUACUAUUCUCUGUACAUAGAAGCUGCAGACCAUGACAUUGUUAGCUUUACCACUUCGUUGAACAUCCCAGUGACAGUGAUUGACGUGAACGACAAUUGGCCGUUGUUUAUAUUAGACACCAAUACGUUAAGUGUCAUGGAGAACGUCGUUCCUGGUACAAAAAUAGCGAAAGUAGCAGCGUACGACGUCGAUAGUGCCCCAAACGCUGAUAUCUACUAUAAUAUUUUUUCCGGGGACGAUGAAGGGCAAUUUGAAAUUGAUUCGUUAUCGGGGAUUGUGUCUGUUACAGCAACGCUGGAUAGAGAAACUAUCGAACAGUAUGUAUUCGUUAUACACGCAGCUGACAGCGGUUUCCCCGAACUCACAGGAAGUAGCACAAUCACUCUGAAUGUAUUAGAUAUAAAUGAUGAACCACCGUUAUACACGGAGAAUGUAUACAAUAACAAUGUUGAUUCUGACGUCGAUAUAGGUACUACAAUCAUGACUGUUACAGCCAAUGAUCCAGAUCUUGGCCCAGGUGGAGAGAUUUUGUACAACAUUACAUACGGCGAUGACUUCAACCUCUAUGACAUUGAUCCCGUGACUGGAGACGUGUUAACCACGCAUUCGCUUAUUGACGCUGCCGGUGUGUACGCUCUCGUUGUAACAGCCUCCGACAAGGGUGACCCUAGUAUUGAAACUGAUGUUACUGUUGUCAUUGAGGUGAUGGAAACUAUAGCUCCUUUAACAAUCCACGAUUUCAUCUUUGCAAUUGCCGAAGACGCCGCGAUUGGAAGCGAAGUUGGUACGGUGGUCGGAAACCGCGAAAACCUUUAUGUUAUUCUUGCGUCCAACGUUGAUGGGUAUUUCAACAUAGAUGAGACGACCGGUGUGAUCCGCACAUCUGACAUGCUUGACCGAGAAACUAUCGCUGAUUACACGUUAGUUGUGCACGCCGAGAGCGAGGACGGGAUGUACUUCUCUACGGCCGACGUUAGAAUUGUUGUUUUAGAUACAAAUGACAAUACACCGGUAUUCGCCAACACGUCGUAUUCCGUAGAUAUCAUUGAGAACCUGGCAUGUGGUACGUCGGUAUUACAGGUGACUGCCUCGGAUAAAGAUUCGUUACUAAAUAGAGCUAUUAUAUAUUCGAUCGACCAAGCACAUACAACUGCCAAUGAACAUUUUAACAUUGACAGCAGGGCUGGUAUCAUCACCGUCAAAGUUCCACCCGAUUAUGAACUAACCAACGAAAUAUCUUUUAAUGUCAUAGCCACCGAUUCUGGAUUGGAGCCACGGAGUUCUUCCGUAUCCGUUGCCAUAGUGAUUCUAGAUGAGGACUUUGACGGGCUAUGCUACGACCCACCAAUAUACAGCAUAGAUCUCCGACACGAUCGCAUUGGUGGGCUAGUGGAGGUUUUGAACAAUUCGGACUUUGGAUUUGCAGGUUCCAGAAACUACACAUAUGCACCAGUGGAAGACACCAAUGUGUUCACGGUGCAUCCGUUUGGGGAGAUAACAUUGAAUGCACCAUCGUCGAAUGCAUUAGUUUCUGGAUCCAAAACUGUAUUCCGUGUCGUUGCUAGAGUACUGCAAGUAAACGGACGAAUAUUGACGUCACCUCUAGCGACUGUCCGAGUUGAUGUUUAUCAAGCAGAGGACCACCUUGUUGAUUUCGAACUUGAUUUAACUGAUGCCGAGUUUCAGCACUAUAGCAAGGACUUCGUUUCUCAGUUGUCGACGAUAUUCCCUGAGUGCAGAGUCACAAUACAUUCAACACAAGAAAACUCACCGACACUCCCUGGCACAUUGAGAAGACUACUGCAGUAUCGUGCGGAAACUACUAUCGUUACUGUUUAUGUGGUGACCAAUCCUAUAAGUGACUUUCUAGACGGGAUUGAAUUUGACAAGAGAUUCAUGGACAUUGAUGAGCUACUUACUACGUUGCAGAAACAGGUGAAUGGAACGCCAGCGGACAUUUUGAUGACAGACAAUUUUGCACAUUUCCAUAUACUUAGCGUGACACGUUCUCUGGUGAAGACACCUUGGAUUCGGACGAUGUUAGGCAUUCUGUUUACGACACUGAGUUCAUUUGGUGCACUGUGUUUACUGGUUUUAACGCUGUUGCUUUGUUGUUGUAGAAAGAACAUGGAGAAUGAUAAGGUCGCUUCUUCACCACCAGUUAGCAGACAAGUGACACCUAGAGGAGGUUCCCGUGCAUCGUCACCUGUGCGUUUUGUUUAUACUUUGAGAGAUCCAUGGAGGACACCAGACGGUAGAGAAGAUAGAAGAAUAGCUUCUCUGACACACAAGAGUCUCCUGGAAGACGAUGACACCGAAUCACCAGAGACUUAUCGACGAAAAAGGGGAACACUGUUUGAAACUGCCUGGCGAUAUGGAUUUCGUAUCAGACGUCACGGAGAAGUGGCCAAACGCUCAGUGGGUGGUGCGAGCAGCGAGGAGAAAGCAGAAAUACAUGGCAAAGAAAAGAAAAUGAAUUUCAAUGACGAAAUUAGUUUGAAUUCAGAUCCUGUUAACUUUGUCAGAUUUGCAGAGCCAUUGAAUAUAAACAACCAGAUGUAUGACGGUAUUGGCCAAGAACAAGGUAGCUACCGAUUCUUCUCAUAUAACAGUACAACUGGUUCCAAAUUAAUGUUGACUGACUUGACUUUCAAUGAGAGAGAAAGACUUCUGCGAUUGUUCACGCAAACAGUAGUUUAUGAUGGAAAGAAUGGCUCAGAGUCUGAUAGUGAGACAAUUAUCAGUCAAGUAGAAGAAAGACAGACAUCAAUGGAAGAAUUUCAGGAAUUAAACAUGAGUACAACGAGACGAGCGGUUUUGACUUACUCGUCCAAAAGAAAAGUGGCUAACAAUGAAAAUAAUUCAACCGCCGAGAACCAGAGUGACGGUCUUGCGCGUGACGUCGGAAAUACGCAAGGUACGUUUAGGAUGAUAGAAACCGAAGUACAGAGUGAUAUUAUUGUGGAAAGAGAUGAUGCUGAAGCCCGUCUGGCCGAUAUAAAUAUGCCCCAUCAGUGUGAUAACUCAGUAUUUUCGCGUAUACCCGAAACAUCCCCUAAUUCAAAGGACAAAUAUGAUGGUUUUCAAUCAAUUGUUGUAGACAAAUCAUUCGACAAGGGCAAGGUGAAACGUGCAACCUUAUUAAAAUCCACGAAGAGAAAACACGGUAACAGGGUAUGUAGAUGCAAUCCAUUGGACCAAACUAAUAUGUUUGAACAUAGCAGUGAAUCAUUAAGCAAGAAAGGAAAAUGCAUCUCGCAAGAACUUCCACGCAUAGUUGUUUCUGGUCCUGAGGCCUCCAGAGGACAUCAAAAGAGUAGCGAAGUCGAUGUAUGUUCGAAUGCAUCCACAGAAACAGAGAGCCGCACUCGAAGCACAACAUCACUUGGGGAUCAGUUAUUAGAUUCGUUGGAGAGCAACUUAUCCGCCACUGUGCCUCGUCGAAUCACUGCAACAAAUGAUAUACCCUGCAUCGAUGAUACAGAGAAAGAAAAAUGGCUGGUGGAAAACAGCUUACCGCCUAUAUUUGCCCGCGAUCGUUCAACAGAUACGCUACACCAAAUUGACCAUACACCUGUAGAUAAUACCUUCAAAGGCCAUGAAACUCGACACAUGCAAUGGGAACGAUCUACUCUUGUUGAGCCAUUUGACACCACUUUACCACCUGUGAAAAACGCUUGUAACUUGGAUGGCGUACAAAUGAGACCGGCUAACAUCCCACCUAGUGGGUCAGUCUAUUGGGCGAUGCCAAGGUAA